AUGGCGGCGGCCAUCAACGCUCCCGAUAAGCGGGACAAGUUCGUCAUUCCACCAGACCUCAAGAAGGUCGAAAUGGUGCGGAUCACGAAGCAGAAGAACGCGGCCCUGUUCGAGAUCCAACGCGAGGACCACACCCUCGGCGACCUGAUCCGCAACCGCCUCCUUGACGACCCUCACGUGCUCUUCGUCGGGUACAAGAUCCCGCACCCGCUGGAGCACCGGCUGCAGAUCCAGAUCCAGACCGACGGGCACGAGGACGAGGAGAACAACAACCAGCCCUACCGCCCCCGCGACGCGCUGGUGCGCGCCAUCAAGGCGCUGAUCUGCGAGUACGACGUGAUCCGGCAACAGCUCAUGGAGCAGCUCAUGUCGUAG